AUGGAGCGCCUCCUACGCAAAGAUGACGACGGCGCGCUCCCUUUAUACCGUCAGUCGCCGGACGCAGCCUCUCGUCUCUCCCCGGCGGACGACCAGAGGCUGCGCUCGGCAGCAUCGUCGAGAGCCAGCCAACGCACAACGUCUGCGCAGUCAAGGAGCAUAGCAGAGGAGUUCUCCUGCAUGACGCCAGCCGAGGUCGCUGCGCGGCUCAAGACAUCAUUGACGCAUGGUUUGACCCCCGCCGAAGCCCUCGCCAGGCUACGUGACUACGGCCCGAACGAAAUCCCUCAUGACGAGCCGGAGCCGAUAUGGCUGCGCUUUUUGCGCCAGUUCCAGGAGCCGCUCAUCCUCCUGCUGCUGGCCUCUGCCGGCGCAUCAGUGCUCGUGGGCAAUAUGGAUGAUGCCGUGAGCAUUACGGUAGCUGUCACCAUCGUGGUGACCGUCGGUUUCGUGCAAGAGUACCGCUCGGAGAAGUCAAUCGAGGCCCUCAACCACUUGGUGCCCAACCACGCCCAUCUCGUCCGGCACCAGCCGUCUAAGUCGAGCCCCGGCUCGCGGACUCCGAACUGGCCGAGGAGCGGCGAGAAGACUCCUGACUCGGUCGAGAGCGACGGCUCCCCUACCCCUGAGGAAGACGUGCUGGAGGCGACCUCGUCCAAGGUCAUGGCUUCGCAGCUGGUGCCGGGAGAUCUAGUGCUGUUCACCACUGGCGACCGCAUCCCUGCCGAUAUUCGCGUUACCAAGGCUACCGAUCUGACCAUCGACGCAUCCAAUCUCACGGGAGAGAACGAGCCUGUCCGGAUUACUGCUGAGACACGGAAUCGCCGUGGGCUCGCCACUCCCUCUGGCAGCGCAACUCUUCAAUUGCCGCAGCCCUCAUUCUCAAAGCAGCUUAACGGGGACUCGACCGAGGCGAGGCAUGACCCGCACGACGGCCCGCAAAACAUUGCGUACAUGGGGACAUUGGUUAAGUCCGGGCAUGGACAAGGCAUCGUCUUCGCCACAGGUGGUAACACGCACUUUGGCACUAUCGCGACGAGCGUCUCUGGCACCGAAAGCCCACGCUCGCCACUGCAGCUCUCCAUGGACGAGCUGGGCUCGCAACUCAGCAAGAUGUCGUUCAUCAUCAUUGGUCUUAUCUCUCUACUCGGCUGGUUCCAAGGCAAGAAGCUCCUCGAAAUCUUCACCAUUUCCAUCUCCUUGGCUGUCGCUGCUAUUCCGGAAGGUCUCCCUAUUAUUGUUACGGUGACCCUGGCUCUGGGCGUGCAUCGCAUGGCCAAACACAACGCCAUUGUUCGCAAGAUGCCAAAGGUCGAGACACUGGGUUCGGUCAACGUCGUUUGCACGGACAAGACGGGUACUCUCACAAUGAACCACAUGACAACGGCCAAGAUGUGGUACUUCGGUGCUAAGGAAGCCAUUGACGUCGAUUCGGACGACGAAGCGACGGAGGCCAAACCAGACGCUGCCGCUCUUCGGAUCAUGCGCAUCGGCAACAUCGCCAACAACGCCCGGCUCGCCCAAAAGUACACCGAGAACGGAGCAGCCACUCGGUCCGUCCUCUCGCAGGGCUUCGAACGCUCGCUGCACUCACGAUGGGUCGGCCAGCCGACCGACGUAGCCAUGCUCGACCUCUUGGACCGGUUCAAGGAACAUGACGUUCGCGACUCCAUCGGCCCCCGUGUGAGCGAGACCCCGUUCAGCUCCGAACGCAAGUGGAUGGGUGUCAUCAUCGGCAGCAGCGAGGGCGGCGGCAAGGAGUUUGCCUACAUGAAGGGUGCUGUCGACAGGGUCCUGGAUGCCUGCGAUACCUAUGUCACAAAAGACGGUCGGGAGAUCGUUCUGGAUUCGGCUCGCAGGAAGGAGGCGUUGGAUGCGGCUGAGAAGUUGGCCGCUCAGGGUCUCCGCGUGCUUGCUUUUGCUAGUGGUCCCAUUUCCAAGUCUGCCCGGAGGGCUGGUGCUAAGGGUGAAGCUUCGGGCAGCCAUGGACAUGAGGAGUACUACAAGGGUCUUGCGUUCGCUGGCAUUGUUGGCAUGAGCGACCCCCCACGUCCCGGCGUCGGCCGGUCGAUCCGAAAGCUGAUCCGUGGCCGGGUCAAGGUCAUCAUGAUCACCGGCGACGCCGAGACCACGGCCCUGGCCAUUGGCAAGCAGCUCGGCAUGCCGAUUGCUGCCCCUAGUGAGCACGCUGCCAACCAGGUCACCGUGAAGCCCGUCCUGCGCGGCGACGAGAUUGACGCGAUGACUGAGGAAGAGCUGGCGCGCGCCAUGGAACACACUACUAUCUUCGCUCGGACGAACCCGGAUCAUAAGCUCAAGAUUGUCAAGGCCCUGCAGUCCCGCGGCGAUAUCGUCGCCAUGACAGGUGACGGGGUCAACGACGCUCCAGCGCUCAAGAAGGCUGAUAUUGGUAUUGCCAUGGGCAUGCAUGGUACUGAUGUCGCCAAGGAGGCGGCAGAUAUGAUCUUGACGGAUGAUGACUUCUCGACCAUCUUACAUGCCAUUGAGGAGGGUAAGGCCAUUUUCAACAACAUCCAGAAUUUCCUUACCUUCCAGCUGUCGACCAGCGCCGCCGGUCUGUCACUUGUUUUGCUGUGCACUGCACUUGGGUUCAAGUCCCCCCUGAACGCGAUGCAGAUUCUCUGGAUUAACAUCAUCAUGGACGGACCGCCCGCACAAUCCCUCGGCGUUGAAGCAGUCGACAAAGAUGUGAUGAACCGCCCGCCGCGGCGCCGCGGCGACCCAGUCCUGACGCGUCCCCUGAUCACGCGCGUGCUCACCCAAGCCUUCAUCAUCAUGGCGGGUACGAUGCUGGUCUACCGGCACGAGAUGCUCGAGGACGGCGUGGUGACGCGCCGCGACACCACCAUGACUUUCACUGCGUUCGUGCUCUUCGACAUGUUCAACGCGCUGGCCUGCCGCAGCGAGAGCAAGAGCGUGCUGCGCGGCGAGGUCGGUCUCUUCAGCAACGUGCUCUUCAACUGGGCCGUCGCUCUCAGCCUCGCCGGGCAGCUGCUCGUCAUUUAUUUCCCUUGGUUGCAGGAGACAUCGGAAUCACUCCUGGAGGAAACGGCUGAUGAAGAGGAUAAGCGGCACCACUUCUUGACGUAUGCCAAAGAGUGCGACGCCGACGGCGAGCGCGCCUUAGGAAUCCUGACAAAACCGGACUUGGUAACGACAAAGUGCAUCCGCUUGGUCGGCGAAGCCACCCAGAAGCUGUCGAACGUUGAUGAUAUAAUCCAGUGGUUGCAUGACGACCCCGAAGCUUACUACGGCGUAGCGCGAAAGCGCACUCUCGACAGCUUGGUCCACCAGGCAGUGAAUUCUCAAGGAGCGCCUUGGUUCGGCCCGGAAGCCGAUUUCCUCUCGAUAUCCAUGGCGAGCAACCUGCAGGUUGUUCUCAAGGGCGAGGAGGUUGUCCCUCGUGAUGCGACCUAA